AUGCCGAGCAUUUUCUCCUACCAGAGUGCCGAGGUGGAUUGGUGUGAGAGCAACUUCGUGCGCUCGGCGGUGAUCGCCGAGUACUACAACACCAUCAGCAAUGUGAGCUUCUUUCUGCUGUCCCCUGCGCUGCUGUACCUGAACAGGCAGUACUGCCAGAAGAAGGCUGUGCCCCUCUACUUUGUCUCAGGGCUGCUCAUCCUCGUAGGUCUCUUCUCCAUGUACUUCCACAUGACCCUGAGCUACGUGGGACAGCUCCUGGAUGAGCUCUCCAUCCUCUGGACGCUGGCUGUGGCUUAUUCCUUCUGGUACCCUCAGGCUUACUUCCCCAAGUGCAUCAAGACCAGGAGACAUUUCUUCUGGCUGACUGGAAUCACCACCGUGAUCAGCACCCUGAUGUCCUUUGUCAAGCCCACCCUCAACGCCUACGCGCUCAACUGCAUCGCCUUCCACCUGCUCUACCUGACCUGGAAGGAGCUCAAGAAGUGCAAUGACAAGCGUGUUCACCGGAUGGCCGCGGUCAUGGUGAUGUGGUGGGCCCUGGCCAUCACCAGCUGGAUCAGUGACCGCUGGCUCUGCUGGCUCUGGCAGGCCAUCAACUUCCCCUACUUCCACAGCUUCUGGCACGUGCUGAUAGCCCUGUCCCUGCUGUACUGCUGCCCUCUGGUCAUCUACUUCGACGUCAGCUACGAGAUGCCCUCAUUCAAGCCGAAGCUGGAAUACUGGCCCAGUGACUCGUGGCCUGUUGUGGUGCCCUAUGUCACCCUGGAGGAGCCCCACAAGCAGUGCUAG